UAAUUCGCCAUCAAACGUCAAAGUACGUUGCUGUUUUUAUUUUGCGGAAUUUGAUAUUUUAAUAAUUUCAGCAAAGUUUAAAGUUAAUAUUUUAAAGUUCAAGUUAAGCAAAACCUAACUAUUGAAUUUCCGUCCUUCCCCUGGAAAUAAUUUACUUAACCGAAGUCAAAAUAUGUUUUUUGUUGUAUAGGUCGUUUUAUUUACAUUUUAAACCUAAUUUCAAUACAAAAUGAAGAACCGAUUCAAUACUUACGACAUAGUGUGCAUGGUUGCUGAAUUGCAAAGGCUAGUGGGCAUGAGAGUCAAUCAAGUGUAUGACAUAGACAAUCGAAGUUAUGUCAUUCGUCUGCAGAGAUCAGAAGAAAAGUCUGUGUUGUUACUGGAGUCUGGCAAUAGGUUCCAUACAACACAAUUUGAAUGGCCAAAGAAUGUUGCACCAUCUGGAUUUACUAUGAAGCUCCGUAAACAUCUAAAAAACAAACGAUUAGAAAAGUUAAACCAGCUUGGCGUAGACAGGAUAGUAGACUUGCAGUUUGGUAGCGGAGAGGCGGCGUACCAUGUCAUACUGGAACUGUACGACAGAGGCAACAUUGUACUGACUGACUGUGAAUGGACUAUUCUCAAUGUACUCAGACCUCAUGUGGAGGGUGAUAAAAUUAGGUUUGCUGUAAAAGAAAAGUAUCCACUCGAUAGAGCUAAGACAAGUUAUGCGGCUCCCACUGCAGAUGCCUUGAAGGAAAUACUUGGCAAAAGCAAACCUGGAGACAACCUUAAAAAGAUACUCAAUCCUAACUUGGAGUAUGGAGCAUCUGUAAUAGAUCAUGUGUUAUUAGAAAAUGGUUUGUCUGGCAAUAUGAAGAUCAGCACUGACCCUAACAAGGGUUUCCAAAUAGAACAGCACUUGGAUAAGUUGGUUACUGCUUUGAAACAGGCUGAAAUGCUUAUUGAAAAUGGAAAAAACCAAGUCGCAAAGGGCUACAUAAUCCAAAAGAAAGAAGACCGCCCCAACCCAGAUGGUAGUGGCCCAACAUUCCUGCUGACCAACCAGGAGUUCCAUCCAAUAUUGUAUAGACAGAACAAAGACCAACCACACGCCGAGUUUGAUACAUUUGACAGGGCCGUUGAUGAAUUCUACUCAGCUUUAGAAGGACAGAAGAUUGAUCUUAAGACUGUUCAUGUGGAACGUGAAGCUAUGAAAAAACUCCAGAAUGUUCGAAAAGAUCAUGAGAAGAGAAUUACGGAAUUGGAAAGGGUACAACUGGAGGACAGGAAGGCCGCCGAGAUGAUAUCCAGGAAUGAGUCCCUGGUGGAACAGGCCAGACUGGCCAUACAGACGGCUAUAGCUAACCAGAUGUCUUGGGAUGAUAUACAACUCUUAGUUAAAACGGCGCAAGAGAAUAACGAUCCGGUAGCUUCUUCCAUCAAACAACUUAAACUUAAAACCAAUCACAUCACGUUAUUGCUCAGUGAUCCAUAUAACUACGAUGAUGAGGCUGAUGAUGAUGAUGAUGAUGACGAGGAAAAUGAUAAUGAAGAAGGAAAGCUUAAACCUAUGAUGAUCGAUAUUGACUUAUCUUUGACUGCAUUUGCAAAUGCUAGAAGGUAUUACGACCAAAAGCGUAAUGCGGCAAAGAAACAACAGAAAACUGUCGAAUCAGCAGAUAAAGCGCUCAAAAGCGCCGAACGGAAAACCAAACAGACCUUGAAGGAGGCCCACACAAUUAGUAACAUUACCAAAGCGAGGAAAAAUUACUGGUUUGAGAAGUUCUUUUGGUUCAUCUCUUCUGAUAACUACUUGGUGAUAGGCGGUCGCGACCAGCAACAGAACGAGCUGCUGGUGAAGCGGUACAUGCGCCCGAGCGACGUGUACGUGCACGCGGAGGUGACGGGCGCGUCCUCCAUCGUCGUCAAGUGCCCCGCCGGCCCGCCGCCGCCCCGCACCCUCAGCGAGGCCGGACAGGCGGCCGUCGCUUACAGUGUGGCAUGGGAAGCGAAAGUGCUGACGCGCGCGUGGUGGGUGUACGGCCACCAAGUGUCGAAGUCGGCGCCGACGGGCGAGUACCUCACCACGGGCUCCUUCAUGAUCCGCGGCAGGAAGAACUACCUGGUGCCGGAACACCUGCAGUUCGGCUUCAGCUUUAUGUUUAGGUUAGAAGACAGCUGCAUAGAGAAGCACAGAGACGAGAGGAGGUGCGCCGCGCUUGAUGACGUCAGCGAGGUCACUUCCGUGCAGGACACCGAAGAUGAACAGGAGAUAGUCGUCUCUGAUGAUGGCGAAGACGAACCCCAAGAAACAGACCAGGAUACGAAACAGAAAAGUCCCCUCGACACAAUAUCUGAAGAGACAGUCAACAUGAAAAUUCAAGAAACCAGCGACAAUGACCAACAAGAACACGAAUCUGAAGAGACGACGCAAAGUGAAAAACAAGAAUUAGAAACGCAAGAGAAAGAUGUCUCUGAAUCUGAUAGUGACAGCUCCGAGGAUGGAGUUUUGGAUACACAUAUCAAAGUGGAUCACGGAACUGGACAAGUGUUUAUAGAAUCAAAAACUAGGACCAUAUCCGAAGUUUCUGAUAGAAGCGACGACAAACCGUUAGUAUUCCCCGCUCUGCCCAAAAAGGGCAGCGCACAAAGACAGAAGCAGAACAAAAACGCAAAAGAAGAAAAGAAACCAGAGAAGUCAACCAUAAAGCGCGGUCAGAAGAGCAAGCUGAAGAAGAUGAAGAAAUACAAGGAUCAAGAUGAAGAGGAUAAAGCUUUUAUGAUGGAAAUGCUACAGUCCGACAAGCCAGCGAAGGAGUCGAAGAAGGCGUUGAAACAAGCCAGCAAGCCGAAGAGCAAGGCACAGGCCAAGCAGCAGAAGAUUCCCCAGCCCGCCCCGCUCAUACUGGAGGCCGAGUCUGAUGGAGAGGACCCUGAGCCUGAACCAGAGACGGAGCAGCCGGGCGCGGACGCGGACACGGAGAUGCUGUGCCAGCUGACGGGCAGCCCGCACGCGGACGACGAGCUGCUGUUCGCGGUGCCCGUGGUGGCGCCCUACUCCUCGCUGCACAACUACAAGUACAAAGUGAAACUCACGCCUGGCACCAAUAAAAGAGGGAAAGCGGCCAAAACAGCCCUCCAAGUGUUCCUCCGCGACAAGGCGGGCACUGCGCGCGAGAGGGACCUCCUCAAGGCCGUCAAAGAGGAGAACACUGCGAGGAACUUCCCCGGAAAGGUCAAACUGUCCGCACCCCAACUACACAAGAAGAAGAAAUGAUAUACCUAUCGCAUACCUGCGGCUCGUAUGAACGCUCACUGGACGCAUACACUGCACUUUUUGUUCAAACUAAAGUAACUACGCUAAAACAAUUUAUCAAUAAUUGCGGUAUAAAAAAAUUGUGUCGUAAUAUAAAUUCAAAUUUCAUUUGUUUCAAGUACUCGUAAUCUUUUUUUUAUAAGCACUUUCGACUGUAAGCAAUAUAGGUAGCUGUACUGUACAUAGGUCCUAUCCGGCUCGAAGGACCACAAAUGUUUUUUGCUGUGUACAUGCUGAUACCACACCAUAAAAUGUUUGUAUGAUUAUAGUGUAACAGAUUAUUUUAUUUAUUAUGGAAUGUAACACAUAGACAUUUCUAAAUCUGAGAAGUGUGAUUUUUGAUGGGUUUUUAGUUUUGGAAUUUUCCUUCCAUUCGGGAUGUUGGGGCGAUAUUUGUACAAUAUGUUAUGAGGUUUUCUUCAUUUCCCAAGAUAUUUCCGUGAUAUUAUCAUUGUUAUUGAAUUUAUAUUUAAGGACAGUUGAUAAUUGUACAAAGAUAUUGUUAAUUAAAUAAAAUUGCUCUAUUACUAUCA